AUGGCUGCUGCUCCGGUGGUCGUGCCGCGCAUGAAGCUGGGCUCUCAGGGGCUGGAGGUCUCGGCGCAGGGCCUCGGCUGCAUGGGCAUGUCCGCUGUCUACGGCGAGCGCAAGCCCGAGCAGGACAUGAUCGCGCUCCUCCGCCACGCCGUCGCCGCCGGCGUCACCUUCCUCGACACCUCCGACAUCUACGGCCCCCACACCAACGAGCUCUUGCUCGGCAAGGUAAUUACCAUAGGAGGGGCGAGGGAGAAGGUCCAGUUGGCCACGAAAUUCGGCAUCACGCCGGCCCGGGAGGUCCAUGGCGAUCCGGCGUACGUGCGGGCGGCGUGCGAGGGCAGCCUCGCUCGGCUCGGCGUCGACUGCAUCGACCUCUACUACCAGCACCGCAUCGACAAGAAUGUCCCCGUCGAGAUCACGAUGGGUGAGAUCAAGAAGCUAGUCCAAGAAGGAAAGGUGAAAUAUAUCGGGUUGUCGGAGGCCUCAUCAUCGACAAUAAGACGGGCACACGCAGUUCAUCCCAUCACCGCCGUUCAGCUAGAGUGGUCUCUGUGGUCAAGAGACGUUGAAGAAGAUAUAAUCCCAACUUGCAGAGAACUUGGCAUCGGAAUUGUGGCGUACAGUCCACUAGGUAGAGGUUUUCUAUCCACGGGACCUAAACUGAUGGACACAUUACCAGAGGACGAUUUCCGCAAGAAUCUCCCAAGAUUUCAGCCCGAGAACAUGGAGAAGAACGCGGCGAUAUUCGAGCGUGUGAGCGAGAUGGCUGCAAGGAAGGGUUGCACGUCGUCGCAACUCGCGCUGGCUUGGGUUCACCACCAGGGAAGCGAUGUGUGCCCCAUACCUGGCACAACCAAAGUUGAGAAUUUCAGCCAGAACGUGAGAGCAUUGUCUGUGCAGCUCACGGCUGAGGAGAUGACUGAGCUGGAAUCCUACGCCACCAUGGACGCUGUCCAUGGUGAUCGGUACCACAAUGCGUAUUUGAUGAAUCUAAACACCUGGAAGGACUCCGAGACCCCUCCCUUGUCGUCCUGGAAAGCCACUUAG